CGCUAUCGUGUUCUUUACUUAGCUACUGAGUCUUGAUAGCCACCUGUUUGUGCUAUGAGAUAUUUAAUCAGAAUACAAUCAUCAACACAUUGAAAUCUUAGUUUAUUAACCUUAACCGACAUUAUGAAUAACAAUAUUCUUAUUACAACCACGUUUAUCAUUCUUUCACUUCACGUUUCAAACGCUGCUCACAUGAAUACAAGUCUAACAGCUUCGUUUAGUAUUGGCUUAGGAAUAACAACAUUUGAUGUAAUUAAACAACUGAUAAUAACGUCUAUGACUCAAUCCAAUAAACCGACUGGUCCAUUGUUAUUUAAUUUUACGGAUCCACAAAAUACACUUAGUAAAUGGAUUGAAGUAUCUGAUACAGUUCGAGUUGAAGGACGAUCUAAAGCUACACUUGUACAACAUAUUGGUUUUAAUUAUCGAUCAGCAAUCUUCUUCUAUCUACUUAAUCCACAACCAAGUGGUGCUUGUUUUGCUGGUGUCGACUAUAUAUUAGAUGCUUGGAAUUUGUCAGAAUAUACAGGUGUUGAAAUUGAUCUACAUAGACAAGGUCAAAAUUCUAAUUUUAAAUUGAUCUUCUAUGGAAACUGUUCAGAAAUAUUCACUUGUCAAUCAUAUGAGUCGUUUUUCGAGACAUCUGGAGAACGACAACAAAUAAAAUUACCAUUUAGUACAUUCAAACCAUACUUUCGUGGAGAACCAAAAUUUGAUUUACCACCUUUAGAUAUAACUCAACUAUCGAGAUUCGGUAUACAAUCAUAUGGUGGUAUCUUUGCGUCGACAAGACAAUCUGGUCCAGGUUCUAUUGAAAUAUUCACUAUUUCAGCAUAUAAGGAAGGUCAAAUGGUAGCUUAAAGAAACCAGGCUUAUAGAAAUUUAAGACUAGGUGAUAUGUAGUAAUUAAUGAUACUAUGAUUGUGAUUAGUUUGUAUUAGGUAGUUUUAUCAAUAAAUAUCAUAUACUGA